CUGGCGCCGGGUUCUGAGAGCGCAGCGGGCUCCAAGCGCCGGGAAGAUUCCGGCGCUGCCGCCGUCCGCUCUCUCCGCCCUUGGGCGCCAUGGCCCCUCUGAGGCCAAGAGCUCCCGUGGGUCUCCAAGCGUCUCGGCCGUGGCGCCUCUGAGCUCGGACAGGCCAGGGGACGCUUUGCCCCGGGCGCCCCGCGAGGAAGAGCGUGAGCCAUGGAGCCACCGGCCGCCCCCUCGGAGAGGAGCCUGUCUCUCUCUCUGCCCGGGCCCCGGGAGGGCCAGGCCACUCUGAAGCCGCCCCCCCAGCACCUGUGGCGGCAGCCAAGGACCCCGAUCCGGAUCCAGCAGCGCGGCUACUCGGACAGUGCCGAACGCUCAGAGCCGGAGCGCUCGCCGCACCGGCCCAUGGAGCGCGCCGACGCCGUGGACACUGGCGACCGGCCAGGCCUGCGGACUACCCGCAUGUCCUGGCCCUCGUCCUUUCACGGCACCAGUACCGGCGGAGGCAGCAGUAGGCGCUUGGAGGCAGAAAAUGGGCCGACGCCAUCCCCUGGCCGCAGCCCCCUGGACUCGCAGGCGAGCCCAGGGCUUGUGCUGCAUGCUGGGGCAGCCACCAGCCAGCGCCGAGAGUCCUUCCUCUAUCGCUCAGACAGCGACUAUGACAUGUCACCCAAGACUAUGUCCAGGAACUCAUCGGUCACCAGCGAAGCGCAUGCUGAAGACCUCAUUGUGACACCGUUUGCCCAGGUGCUGGCCAGUCUCCGCAGCGUUCGAAGCAACUUCUCACUCUUAACCAAUGUGCCCAUCCCCAGCAACAAGCGGUCUCCACUGGGUGGCCCACCCUCUGUCUGCAAGGCCAUGCUGUCAGAGGAGACAUGCCAGCAGCUGGCCCGGGAGACCCUGGAGGAACUGGACUGGUGCCUGGAGCAGUUGGAGACCAUGCAGACCUACCGCUCGGUCAGCGAGAUGGCCUCGCACAAGUUCAAAAGGAUGCUGAACCGUGAACUCACACACCUGUCGGAAAUGAGCAGGUCAGGAAACCAGGUCUCAGAGUACAUUUCCACAACAUUCCUGGACAAGCAGAAUGACGUGGAAAUCCCCUCACCCACACCGAGACAGAGGGCCUUCCAGCAGCCCACGCCACCGGUGGUGCGACAGUCCCAGCCCAUGUCUCAGAUCACAGGCCUGAAAAAGCUGGUGCACACCGGAAGCCUGAACACCAGUAUCCCACGAUUUGGAGUCAAGACAGAGCAAGAGGACCUCUUAGCACAAGAACUGGAGAACUUGAGCAAAUGGGGCCUGAACAUCUUUUGUGUGUCAGAGUACGCCGGAGGCCGCUCACUCAGCUGCAUCAUGUAUACAAUAUUCCAGGAGCGAGACCUGCUGAAGAAGUUCCGCAUCCCUGUGGACACAAUGAUGACUUACAUGCUGACCCUGGAGGACCACUACCACGCCGACGUGGCCUACCACAACAGCCUGCAUGCGGCCGAUGUGCUGCAGUCCACGCAUGUGCUGCUGGCCACGCCCGCCCUUGAUGCCGUGUUCACAGACCUGGAGAUUCUUGCUGCUCUCUUUGCUGCCGCCAUCCACGACGUGGACCACCCUGGCGUCUCCAACCAGUUCCUAAUCAAUACCAAUUCGGAACUGGCCUUGAUGUACAACGAUGAGUCUGUGCUUGAGAACCACCACCUGGCUGUGGGCUUCAAGCUGCUGCAAGAAGAGAACUGCGACAUCUUCCAGAACCUCACCAAGCGGCAGCGACAGAGCCUGCGCAAGAUGGUCAUCGACAUGGUGCUGGCCACAGACAUGUCCAAGCACAUGACCCUCCUGGCUGAUCUGAAGACUAUGGUGGAGACCAAAAAAGUGACCAGCUCUGGAGUACUCUUGCUGGACAACUACGCCGACCGUAUUCAGGUCCUCAGGAACAUGGUGCACUGCGCAGACCUCAGCAACCCCACCAAGCCCCUGGAGCUGUACCGACAGUGGACCGACCGCAUCAUGGCCGAGUUCUUCCAGCAGGGCGACCGGGAACGGGAACGUGGGAUGGAGAUCAGCCCUAUGUGCGACAAGCACACAGCCUCCGUGGAGAAAUCUCAGGUGGGCUUCAUUGACUACAUUGUCCACCCGUUGUGGGAGACAUGGGCAGAUCUUGUCCACCCUGAUGCCCAAGAUAUCCUGGACACAUUGGAAGACAACCGGGAUUGGUAUCACAGUGCCAUCCGGCAGAGCCCUUCCCCACCCCUGGAGGAGGAGCCGGGAGGGCUCGGGCAUCCGGCCCCACCUGACAAAUUCCAAUUUGAGCUCACCUUAGAGGAGGAGGAAGAGGAGGAGGAUUCACUGGAGGUUCCAGGAUUGCCUCCAGCCGAGGAAACCCUCCUGGCUCCGGAUGGCACCACAGGUCAAGCUACAGAACAGUCCGUGGUCAAAGGCGGGAACACUGCGGUGCUGGAGGGCGAGGAGGCCGUGAAACAGGAGCCAGUCUCAGCUUGUGGUGCUCCUAGGGAGGCUGUGGGCUGUUCCUUCAGCCAUGGAACCCCCAUUCUGCCUGACUUGAGGACCCUGUCCCCCUCAGAGGAGGCCCGGGGCCUCCUGGGCCUCCCCUCCACGGCAGCAGAGGUGGAGGCCCCCAGAGAUCAUCUGGCUGCCACGAGGGCUUGUUGUGCCUGCUCUGGGACACCGGGGGACAAUUCUGCCAUCAUCUCUGCUCCAGAGAGGUGGGGGUUAGGUGGAGACCCUGCCUGAUCCCCGUUCCCUUCUCCCUUGGGUCCUCCCGUCCCCCCAUGCUCUCCACUCACCACAGACCACCUCAACGACUCCUGGCCCUCCUGAGAAAAAAGGAAACAGAAAAGUGGGGUUUUUUUUUCUCUUUU